AUGGCUGAUCCCCGCUCUUACAAGGAUCUGGCCAAGAACUAUGAGAGACAAUUGGAUACCCUGAUAGAAGAGGGGACGUUUAAGCCUAUUUUCCUAUACCAUGUUAUCUUCCUCCACAUUUUGCCUUUGAUAGGUCUGGUCAUUCCUCGCAGCAGGGGCGGACAAUAUGUUCGCAGGGGCAUUUUUGUUCUCUGUAUUGCAAUUGCCAUCGAGAUAUUCCAACACCGACGGGCAGUUAUUGGAGGAAAUGGCUAUAUGCUUGGCUUGAUCACUGCGUGGUGGUUAGUAUGGAAUGCCACGCUGUUUGUCUUCACAGACCUUGAACAUGAUUUCAAGCGCAUUGAACGGAAAUCUGUUGAUGUCAAGUCUCAAAAUGACACCAAGCUUGAAACUAGUACUGCCAAAGAACAGGACAGCGACCUUUUUGUUUGGCGCUCAUAUCCUGAAAACUUUUGGCAUCGUCUCGAAUGGUCCGCUGGACUACUCUUCAAUCUGAGAGGGCCAGAAUGGAACUGGCGGGCUACCCAUCUAGGCCCUCUUCCACGACCAAUUCAUGCCCAAUUGAAUUCAGGAUUUGUGGGCAAAAUCAACGCAUGUGAACCCUCCGCAUAUCCCAGCGGAAAAGACCGCCUGAAGGCUGCGUUUCGGAAGUUCUUCAUAUCUUACCUGGUGCUGGACACCUUAAAAGUCAUCAUCCUGAUGCCAGAUCACUACUUUCAAGGGCUCACUCCAGCACAUUCAUCGUCACCAUUCCCUUUCUUUUACUUCAAAAAUAUUACAUUGCAUCCUAUUAUAUCCCACCUCUGCCGUCGUUUUUACAGCGGCAUAAGUGUGUAUUUUGCGAUAGAGUUCGUGACAUCACUCAACCCAAUCAUUUUCAUGGGGCUAUCUCUCGCAUUCCCCAACGGGGCUAAGAACCUAACCGCCGCACCACUGGAUGUUCCAUGGCUGUAUUUCGAUUCAUUCGGGCCAUUCAUCAUCCCGGUCCUUGACGAGGGGCUAGCGGGCUGCUGGGGUCGUUGGUGGCAUCAAAUCUUCCGUUACGGAUUUGUAGCUUCGGCACGUUGGAUCUUAUCCAUACUUCCAGCCGGCUUAACUUCUCAUGUGCAAGUCCGUCGUGUCACUUAUGUGGUGGUUGCUUUCGGUCUUAGUGGCUUUGUGCAUGCCUGUGGAAGUCAUACCCAGAUUGCAGAUACAUCUCCCGUAUUCGGGACAUUCUUAUUCUUCGCUUUGCAGGGUGUUGGAAUCAUGGCAGAGCGGAUUUUCAAGACAUCGAUCCUCCCUAAAACGUCCUUUGCUGGUGCGCCGAGAUGGCUAAGACGAACGGCAAACUUUAUCUUUGUGUUUUGUUGGUUGAUGGCCUUAGGUGGUCUCGUUGCGGAUGACUUUGCGAGGGGCGGCUUAUGGCUGAUGGAGCCUCUUCCAAUUAGUCCUCUUCGUGCGUUGGGAUUUGGACUGCCAGGCCAAGGUUGGUGGUGCUGGGAUGACCCCUGGUUCCGGUACUGGAGUGAUGGUACAUACUGGGGAAGUGGCAUACGGGUGUUGUAG